CAUACGACCAAACUUCCCCUGUUCCGCAGUCCCACGAGAAGAAACCGCGCCUCUCCCACCGGCGAAUCGACGCCUCCGACUUUCCCAUCUCCUCCUUCGCAGCAGCGUAGCGAGCCCACCACGCCCCCCCAGUUCCUUCCUCUAUCCCUCAACUGUCUGGGCUGGCCUGAACGGGUGAUCUCUCCGGCGACCUCUCCUGGAUUGACUUCUUUUGCCGGUAACGAAGCCCGCCUUCCUUGCUUAGUGCUAUUAACCUUGGAUACAUAAAUGGAAGGGCGCCCCUCAGAAGAAAUAUCAGCUGCUGAAGCUGUCCUGGUGGGAGCAUUGUCGUCCGGUGUUAAUGCUCCCACGUGGUUUGUGCUGAAGACCACAUUUUUGCUCCUGGCCUUCUGUUUUACUGCAAUGCUCGCACUAGCAUUCUCGUCGAAAAACUUCGUGAUUGUUGGGCAUGUUUUUCUGCUCGUAACUAUUGGCACGGUGCUAUUUGUGCUGCUUAAUAGGUUUCUGGCAGAAGUUGGGCUUGUGCCUGUUGAACAACAGAUGCAGGAGAUGGGCAUCCACAAAACAGAACCCGCAGAUAAAGAGAAAAGAAAGUAACCGGUGACAGACUAUUGUUGAUAUGAGAAACAGCUUAACACCUUACAUUACACCAUUUGACAGUGCCAUUUGCCAUUUAGCUCCGAUGAUAGGAUUCAGUUCAGAGUUCAGACAAUACCAUUUUGCACAGACGAUCCUAGCUCUUUGGAUAUACUUCUAAAUGCAACCCUCUUCCUAUCCUGAAGUGAAAUGGAUCGUGGAUGUAGCAGCGCGCAUCAAGCCUGCUUAUGCUCUUCCUUGGGUUUGCUCUUCUUCUUCUUGAUGUAGCAUAAGCAUGAGCAGCAGGGGAACUGAAACAAGAACUUCAUUGUCAGAGAGGUCACCGAUACUUUGUUGGGAGAAAUGUUUUGUGGAACGGAUUUGCGUGCAAUGCAACCCUUAAAUAUACUAAAUGUGAUGCCUUGCUUAUCCAUCUGACAUUAGAAUUUGCGGCCAACUGUCUUCGGCCUGAAGCUUUUAACCUCCUCUGGUACUUUCUUUUGUUUGUGAUCUUUUGUAAUCCCAUCAUGUUUGACUGUUAUUUAGCAGAGAAGAUUUUCACUGCAAGUAAUUAUCAUUACUUUGGCUGAUUCUUGUAUUAAACGGGAUAUCUAAAUCACUAAGCCUGAUUCAGAAGUCUGGCGGGCAUUCGAUUAUUGGAA